AUGCCGCUCGGCAUGGUUGAGACGCACGGCUUCAACUCGUUCAAGCAGUCAGUGCCAUGCGUCGGCCAGGCUUCCAACUUCCCGAUCACGGCUAGACUCAGCUCACGCCUCUACCCGCCCGGGUACUCUGACGAGUGCCGCUUCUUUGACCGGCGAAAUUGGAUCUCACGCGCGCCGUCGAUGAUUGCGAGGUACCCGCACGAGUACUUUGUCAACGCGCAAGACAAGCUGCCGCACGCCUUUGCGCGGCCCGCCGAGGACGUGCGCUCGCUCGAGAAAGACCCGUGUGUGGUCUUCACCAGCCGCCCGCGAGCAGAGCUGCGGUUCGGCUCGCAGAUCGAGGAGUUCGAGCGCGGAGCGCAGGGUGACAUGACGAAGCAGGUGCGGUUUUGGGACCUCCUGGAGUUGUGUUGUGCAGCCAACGGCGUGCCGGCCAACCAGCUGCCUACCCCAGACCCGGCUGCCCUUGCAGAGCGCAAGAGGUUUCGCGACGCGUUCAAACAGGCGCAGAAUGACGCGAGGCGUGCGGCCGCUGACGCGGCUGGAGGUCCUGCUCCGCCUGCUCGCUCCGCGCGUCGCGCACGCAGGCAGGACAGCUCGUCAGAGGGCUCGGGGCUCAGCUCGGACGACACGGUCACGGACGAGUCAGAGGAGGAGUCAGAGGAGGAGUCCGAGGAGGAGGAUGCGGCGGGCGCGGCGGGCGAUCCGUACGCAGAGGAGGACGUGAACGAGGCCGACAAGAUUGUUCGUAUUCGGCGGGGAAGCAAUGGGGCGAGCGAGUACCUGGUGCGGUGGAAGGGAUACGGUGCGGCAAGCGACACGUGGGAGGUUGAGGAGCACAUCCUGGACAAAGGACUCAUCGACAAGUAUCGGAUUGCUCAGGGAUGGAUGCUCGUCAGCGACCUGCUCGUGCUGCCGCCAGUCGAGCUAUGCAAUCGGCAAGCUUCCGCUCAGCAGAUGUAG